AUGCCAAGUCCACUCCCUGCUAAAUUUCACAACAAUCUCCAAGCCAGAGACGGAUUAAGUGACGUAGUCUCCGCAGCAGCAAAUCUUGCUAACAAUGCCGGAUCUCAAAUCCAAAGUGUAGCAGACAAUGCUGCCUCUGCAGCUCCUGGUAUCCUUAAUACAGUGACUUCAGCUGCUGUUGAAGGUUUCGAAAAGGCAACUUCUGCAGCAGUCGAAGGUGCUCAUAAAGCAACUUCUUUAGGGGGAGAUGUUGCUUCUGCUGUUACUUCUGCCGCAGUCGAAGGUGCUCAUAAAGCAACCUCUUUGGGGGGAGACGUUGCUUCUGCUGUUACUUCUGCAGGUGGGGCCGCUGCUUCCAAAGCUAAAUCAGCUGCUCCUGGAGUGAUCAAUACGAUAACGUCGGCGGCAGAUGCUGCGGCAGAUAAAGUAACAUCUGCUGGUGGUGCUGCUGUUUCUAAAGUCACAUCCGCUGCCGAGUCAUUAAAAUCUGCAGCAGACUCUGCUGGUGCAGCAGCUGCUAGUUCCAAGGCAGAAACCACAUCAGCUGCUAGUUCCAAGACAGAAACCGCAUCUUCAUCGACGACUACCCAUUCGACGACUACAAGUAGCGAGACCACCAAAAAUGCUGCAGAUGGUAUUAUAUACCAACCUGGGAACUGGAAGAAAUCAGCAGGAGUUGUCGGUUUAAUAGCUGUUUCCUUUAUUUUUGGUGGUUCCUUGUAG